AUGGAUAAAUAUAUUAAAGUGCAAAAGAUUGGAGAAGGAUCCUUUGGGAAAGCAAUUCUUGUCAAAGCUAAAGAAAACGGCCAACAGUAUGUUAUUAAAGAAAUAAACAUCUCUAUGAUGUCAAAUAAGGAGAGAGAAGAAUCGAGGAGAGAAGUCGCUGUAUUGGCUAACAUGAAACAUCCAAAUAUUGUCCUGUAUAGGGAGUCAUUUGAAGAAAACGGCUGUCUCUACAUAGUGAUGGAUUACUGUGAAGGAGGAGACCUGUUUAAAAAAAUAAAUGCCCAGAAAGGAAUCUUAUUCUCUGAAGAUCAGAUUCUGGAUUGGUUUGUACAAAUAUGUUUAGCAGUAAAACAUAUACAUGACAGAAAAAUCUUGCAUCGGGACAUAAAGUCACAGAAUAUAUUUUUAACCAAAGAUGGAACGAUACAGCUGGGAGAUUUUGGGAUCGCCAGAGUUCUUAAUAGUACUGCGGAGUUGGCUCGUACUUGCACAGGAACACCAUACUAUUUGUCGCCUGAAAUAUGUCAGAACAGGCCUUACAACAAUAAAAGUGAUAUCUGGGCCCUUGGUUGUGUUCUCUAUGAAAUGUGCACACUUAAGCACGCGUUUGAAGCUGGUAACAUGAAGAACUUGGUACUGAAGAUAAUAUCUGGACGUUUUCCUCCUGUUUCUGUGCAUUAUUCCUAUGACCUACGUAAUCUGCUGUCACAGUUAUUUGAAAGGAAUCCUAGGAAUAGACCAUCAGUAAACUCCAUAUUGGAGAAAACUUUUAUAGCCAAACGGGUUGAAAAAUUUCUCACGCCACAGCUUAUUGCAGAAGAAUUCAAUCACAAAAUCUUCCAGAAGUUUGGACCACAUGCUGCACCAGCUAAAAAAGCAGCUCAAGAACAAAUACGGACUUCAGUUGCACCAGCUCAGGAAAUUACCAAACCUGCUGCAAAAUAUGGAGUGCCUUUAGGCAUCAGGAAGUCUUGUGAUGCAUCUAAAAAGCCUAAGGAGAAGAAGCCGUUGACUAAAUCUAGACAAGCCUUUCCAACUCCAAUGAAGAAAAUGAAUCCAGGAGAAAAAAGGAGGAAAAUGUUUGAGGAACCUUCGAAAAAGAAAAGGUUAGAAUUGCCUGAAAAAGAAAAACGCCAGAGAGAUCAGAUCAGUUUACUGAAAGCAGAUGAAAUGAGAAGAUUGGAAAAAGAAAGGAUGGAACGAAUAAACAGAGCCAGGGAACAAGGAUGGAGGAAUGUGCUUGGUUCAGGUGGAAGUCGUGAUGUUAAGACACCAUAUUAUGGCGGUGGAGGUGGCGUUGGUCCUUUUCCUGUGUCUUCCAGAAGACAAUAUGAACACUACCAUGCUAUUUUUGACCAGAUGCAACAGCAAAAGGAAAACAUUAGAGGAGCUGAAGAGAGGGAAGCCAAGUUGAGGGCGAAAGUACAAGGCCGAGAAGCUGUUGAAAGAGGAAUUCCACCUGGAAUACGUCCAGGAGUUCCUAAGCGGCCUGCAGGUCAUCACCAUUUACCUGAUGCUGGUGCAGUUAGGAAAAAAAUGAAAAGAUUGAAGGAGGUGUCUAAACAAGCCAAUGCAAACAGGCAAAAAGGAUGGAUAGCAGCAGAUAGAGCAAAGCAAGUUGAAGAAUUCUGGCAACGGAAGAGAGAAGCCAUGGAAAACAAAGCUCGAGCUGAGGGACACAUGGGUACACUGCAAAACGUGGCAGAUAUCUAUGGAGGCAGGCCCAUUUCUGCAAGAGGAAGAAAAUCCAGAAACAAGGAGGAAGAGGAAUAUUUGGCAAGAUUAAGACAAAUCCGGCUACAAAACUUCAAUGAACGUCAACAGAUUAGAGCAAAACUUCGUGGAGAGAAGAGUGAAACUGCCAGUUCUGAUGGACAAGAAUCAAGCGAGGAAGCAGAACUGAAACGCAAAAAGAUAGAAGCACAGAAGGCCCAAGCAAAUGCUCGAGCUGCAGUUCUGAAAGAACAAUUAGAGCAAAAGAGAAAGGAAGCAUAUGAAAGAGAGAAAAGAGCCUGGGAAGAGCAUCUGAUAGCGAAAGGGGUAAAGAAUCCUAAUGUGCCUUUUCAUGUGGGAGCUCCAGAGCACAGUCCUGUGCGUGGACUACAAGAGCUUGGAGCAGCUCUUCCUAAGCCACAACUUCCAGUGAAGCCUGGUACACCAGUCAUCUCCAUGACUUCUGCUUUGAAAGAAGUGGGUGUGGAUGAAAAUGUAACUGCUACCCAGGAGGCUGAGGAGGAAAUAAAAAAGCCAGAUUUUGCAAUGCAAAAAAAACAAGAAAUACUGAGAAGAUUAAAUCAAAAUCUUAAAGCUCAAGAAGAUGAGAAAGGGAAAAAGGAGUGUAAAAGUAUCUCUGAAUCAGCUCAGUCUGAAGAUAGUAAGGAACAACAAGGCGGUGACCAUCCACGUCUAGGAGAUCGCAAAAAAUGGGAAUCUGGGGCAUCUGAAUUGGUAGUCCCUCUAGCUCAGUUAUCAAUGGAAGAUUCUCUCUCUGGAACAGACCGUCAAACUCUGGGGGGAGUAAUUAAGUUAGAUAUUGGUGAACCCCACAGGAAGGUCUGGGGCAAAAACCCUACCGAUUCAGUCCUGAAGAUCCUAGGAGCAGAGUUGCCGCCGCAAACUGACUUACUCGAAGAACUAGAGGUAACAAAUGGUACUGCAGAACUUCUUGAAGGAGAUGGUCAGUCCUUAAUUGCGAAAGAGGAAAAGGGAGAGACAGCUCUUCCUACUGUUGGAGCUCAGUCUUCAGUACCAGCUGGUGUCACAGAGUCUGACAUGACUGUACCAGAAGAAACUCAAAGAGCUGAACCUACUCAGGUGCAGAGCAAACCUGUUAUGCUCAAUGAGCCUGAUGAUUUGGAAGCAGACAUCUUGGAAGAAGCAGAAGAUAAAAAGCACCAGAGUAAGGAGAGGAAGGAAUUUCCUAUCACUGUUCAUGAAGUGUGGGUAAAAGAGGAAGAGGAUAAGGUAAUACAGCCCACAGCUGUACCAACAGCCUCACCAGUCCUGUCAGCUCAGUCUUCACAGGAAGAGCCUUUUGUACCUCGUUCACGUUCCAUAUCACCAGCAAAAAAUAAAGGCAAAAGUUCAUUGUUGAUUGGACUUUCUACGGGGCUUUUUGAUGCAAACGACCCAAAGAUGCUGAGAACGUGUUCGCUCCCGGAUCUUUGCAAACUGUACAGAACUUUAGUGGAUGUUCCCAGUGUAGCAGAUGUACAGCAUCAGCAUAAUCUUGAAAUAGAUGAUACAGAAGAUGAGCAAGCCAAAGAAGGACCCUCUGAUUCUGAGGACAUUAUGUUUGGGGAGGCAGAUACAGAUUUGCAGGAACUCCGGGCCUCAAUGGAACAAUUGCUUAGGGAGCAGCCUAGUGAGGAAUUCAGUGAAGAGGAAGAGUCUACUUUAAAGGCUAAUGUCAUCGAAUGCAUAACACAUGGUACAGAGCUGGAUGAAGGAGAUGAAAAUAACCCCAGCAGUGAAAGUGCACUUAAUGAGGAAUGGCAGUCAGAUAAUAGUGAUGGAGAGAUAGCCAGUGAAUGUGAAGAAUGUGAUAGUAUCUUCAGCCAUUUGGAAGAGUUGAGAUAUAACCUGGAGCAGGAAAUAGGCUCUGAUAAAUUAAUUGAAGCUUAUGAGAAAAUAAAGGCUGUACAUGAAGAUGAAGAUGAAAAUAUUGAUAUUUGUUCAACCAUAGUUCAGACUAUUCUUGGAAAUGAACACAAACACCUGUAUGCCAAAAUACUCCACCUAGUAAUGGCAGACGGAGUCUACCAAGAAGGUAAUGAUGAAUAAACCUGACUCAGGAAAUUCCUUAAUGCUGUACUACAUAUCGAUGUUUGGAGUCUGCACCGCCAAAUAACAAAUUGUAGUGGAGAAUAUAGCAUGGGGCAGGAGAAGCAAGAUUUCAAAAAGGAGUGUUGAUUGUAUGAAAAAGAGGAAAAACAUGCCUUUUAAAACCGAGAUACCUAUACGCUUCUCUGUGUGUACUUGCAUAUGUAUUCAUUAAAUAUUAGAUACCCAAAAUUAAAAAAAAAA